GACCUAACCAUUCCAGAUCAGGAGCGGGGCGCAAGAGGCAGACUCAGUGGAGCGCGCGAUGGAACCCGUGCCCCUGUUGCUAAUGCUGCUCGCGUGCGGCCCUUUGGGCAGGGCGCUUUACAUGGGGCCCCUGCAGCCCGAGAUUACUAACGGGACCUUCCACCACUUCUUUGUCCCUGACGGAGACUACGACGAAACCGAGGACCCGGAGCAAUGCCAGAUGCUUUUUAAGUUUUCAGACGUGUCCCCGUGCGCCGCCGCGCGUCACGAGGACACAGUGGUGCGCGACGACUUCAUCAUCACUAAACUCCAGGCUGAGGACUCUGCGCGCCUCUUGGAGAGCAUCGGGCGCACGGUUACGCACGACCUGGACGGUGAGGACAGUUACGGCAAUUUCCUCCGGAAGGAGAUCUCCCAAAUCAGCGAAGCGUUUGGCGGCGUGGACAAGUCUCUGCUGGAGUUGGAAGUGAAGUUCAAACAGAGUCAAGACACGGAGUUGCGCGAGGAGCAGCAGCUCAGCGCACACGUGCUCAAACAAGUUGGGGACAUCAAGGACACUUUGCGAGAGACCACGGAUAUCUCUCAGGCACUUAAGGACAAGCACGAGCUGCUGUCCCUCAUCGUGCGCAGCCAUGGCACGAGACUGAGCCGCCUCAAAACCGAGUAUCUGAACACGGGCUCCUAAGAACUGACAGAAGACUCAGAUUAACUUGUCUUUAAUUUGCCAAAGUGACACUUGGAUCCACAGGACUGGAUAUAUAUAUAAUAUAAUAUAGAAAUUAAACUAAGUUAAUGAAGGAAAACAUUGCACCGCUGAUACAAACUAUUAAUUCAUUAUUCUUUUUCUUCAUGGCCAACCACAACACCAUAAACAUUUCAAGGAGUUGGUUGGUUUCAUGUUACCACCCUCCUUUUGUUUUUGUUGUUUUAUGGAGUCACUGGGGCCUGCAGCUGCUGGUGUGACCAUUUGAGUGGCUGUGUGCAACUGGUGUCAGGAGCCAGCCAGUCUUCUCACUCCUUGUUUAUUUGAAUUAGGUUCAUGUGGAUUUUUA